AUGACGUAGAUUUCGCGACUCUGCACACAGACGCCACACAGGUAGAUCAGGAACAUGGCGGAACUCGCAGACGGUAUCAGAGAUGAUAUGACGGAACAUACCGCAGCACAGGCUCAUGAUGAUGGUGACAUGUCAUCCACCAACUCCAGACUGGCCCAGAUGGCUGGCAUGCCACUGCCCAAUAUGGGAGUUCCCCCGCCUCCCCCAAGCAUGGGUAUUGGAUUUCCACUUGGCCUUAAUUCUCGCUUGACACCUGACCUAGAAAACGGCAAGCCAUCACAAACACAGCCAAAUGAUGGUCUUCCUAAGGCAACUCUACUUGAUCCAGAAACCACUCGAUCCCUCCUCCUUCCUAGAGGUAAUCUUCCCAUUGCUACUACCAUCCCACCGCUAAUGCCCUCCAUUACUCGUCCACGUGUUCUCAACCAGUCUGGAGAUGACUCCAAAGAGAUGGAAGAUUCCUCCUCUGGCCCAAAGAUUCCACAAGUCCUUGAGAAAAUUCUUCAGCUUAAGGAAAUUAGACAAGAAGAGAUGAUAAUGCCAGUGGCCACAGAGGAGGAAGAUUAUGAUAAUGAUCCUCGUCAGAUUUACACUGCAUCUGAAACGGAAGAGGAGACUACUGGACCAAGGAAGGAGAAGAAAAGUCGUAGACGAAGGAACCGGAAGAAACGGACACAUAAGAGAACAACUGCGGCCCCCACUGUUGUGGUGGAUGAUGUAAAUGAGGCAGCAGAGGCCGACUCCACUGGAGGGAAAGUGGAAAUCGAGUAUGUAACUGAGGAGCCAGACAUUUAUGACCCAAACUUCAUUUUCUUCAAAAGGAUCUUUCAAGCAUUUAAGCUGACAGAUGAUGUAAAGAAAGAAAAGGAAAAAGAACCAGAAAAAGUUGAAAAAGUGGAACCAGCUGCCCCCAGAAAGCGAUUUGAGGAAGAACUGAUGGACAGUGACAGCGACAGUGAUGCCGAGGACAAAAAACUGGAUGCCCCAAAACUGUCUAAGAAAAAAUUAAGGCGAAUGAAUAGAUUCACUGUUGCAGAACUGAAACAGCUGGUUUCACGUCCAGAUGUAGUAGAGAUGCACGAUGUCACAGCUCAAGACCCCAAACUGCUUGUGCACCUGAAAGGGACCAGGAAUUCUGUUCCUGUUCCUCGUCACUGGUGCUUCAAGCGCAAGUAUCUGCAAGGCAAGAGAGGAAUUGAGAAACCACCUUUCCAGCUUCCUGAAUUCAUCAAGAGAACAGGCAUCCAGGAAAUGAGAGAGGCUCUCCAAGAGAAGGAAGAGCAAAAGACUAUGAAAUCCAAGAUGAGAGAAAAGGUUCGACCCAAAAUGGGAAAAAUUGACAUUGACUACCAGAAACUCCACGAUGCAUUCUUCAAAUGGCAGAGCAAGCCAAAACUGACUAUCCAUGGAGACCUGUACUAUGAGGGAAAAGAAUUUGAGACUCGUUUAAAGGAGAAGAAGCCAGGUGACCUUUCUGAGGAGCUAAGAAUAACAUUGGGAAUGCCAGUGGGACCAAACUCACAUAAGGUGCCCCCACCUUGGCUUAUUGCAAUGCAGAGAUAUGGACCUCCCCCUUCAUACCCCAACCUCAAAAUUCCAGGGCUGAAUUCUCCCAUUCCUGAGGGCUGCUCAUUUGGCUAUCACGCUGGUGGAUGGGGAAAGCCUCCUGUAGAUGAAAUGGGAAAACCCCUUUAUGGAGAUGUGUUUGGGACUAAUGCAUCCGAUUUCCAGAGUAAGAAUGAAGAAGAAGAUAUAGACAGAACCCCAUGGGGAGAGCUAGAACUGUCCGAUGAUGAAUCCUCCUCAGAGGAAGAGGAGGAAGAAAGUGACGAAGAUAAACCAGAUGAGACAGGCUUUAUCACACCUGCUGACAGUGGGCUUAUUACUCCUGGAGGAUUUUCUUCAGUCCCAGCCGGUAUGGAGACUCCAGAACUUAUUGAGUUGCGAAAAAAGAAGAAUGAGGAGGCCAUGGAUGGUACGGAGACACCAUUGCUCUACACUGUCCUGCCAGAAAAGAGGACGGCGACCGUCGGUGGAGCUAUAAUGGGAUCCACGCACAUCUAUGAGAUUUCAUCAGCCUUGUCUCGGAGGGGUGCACCUACAGAACCACAAGGUGUGGAGGUGGCUUUAGCACCUGAAGAGCUUGAGUUGGACCCAUCAGCAAUGACACAGAAGUAUGAGGAAAGAGUCCGGGAAGCACAGGAACAAGUACAAAAAGAGGACUUUAGCGACAUGGUGGCCGAACAUGCAGCCAAGCAGAAACAAAAAAAGAGGAAGGGACAGCCGCAAGACUCCCGUGCAGGAGGCAAAAAAUACAAGGAGUUUAAGUUCUGAGCACCCUUUAUUUUUUUUCUUUAUUCCUUGUCAUUUACGUGUAUUUGUAAUAAAAUCUGUUAAGUUGUCUUA